AUGGACUUCUACGACGCCUUCAACACAACCGAUACCAAUCGCUUCAAAUCCGGCGACGUAGCCGAACAACUGGCGACUGUGUGUGUCACUUUGGGUGAGAAUCCCUAUGUGUGCUACGCCUCAUCGGCCAACAGAGCCGGAGACCUUGCGCUUGCGCUGCAAGCGAGGUUGGACGAGCUCGUUGCGGACGAGACCAUCAAGCAGACCGGUCCACGAGGCCAGCUUCUAGUGCUCGACCGAACUGUAGAUGUGAUCUCACCCGUGUUGCACGAACUUACCUACCAAGCGAUGGCGUAUGAUCUGUUGGACAUCGAUAACGAUGUGUACGUACACGAGGCAAAGGGCCCGGCAGGCACAAAAACAACACAGACCAUCCUGGGUGAACACGAUGCUCUCUGGCCCGAUCUCAG